AUGAACCGGCAGUCCUAUAGUAUCAGGGCUGGAGGAGGCGGCGGCGGUGGCAGCAGGGCUUUCACUACCACCUCUGCCAUUAUCCCAAGUAGCAAUAGAUCUGGUUUCAGCUCACUUUCUCUUGCCAGAGCUGGCGGAGUCGGCAUCGGUGGUGGCGGUGGCGGCGGCAGCAGUUUUGGAAGGAUCAGUGUUGGUGGCGGUGGCGGUGGCAGUGGCUUAGGCAGCAGGAGUCUUUAUAAUUUUGGUGGCUCUAGGAGAAUUUCCAGCAGUAGAGCAAGCAACCUCCGCAGUGGAUUCGGUGGCGGCGGCGGAUUGGGUUUUGGUGGAGGGUCCGGCAGUGGAUUUGGUUUGGGUGGUGGAUCUGGUGGUGGGUAUGGCUUUGGUGGGGGAGCUGGAGGUGGUGGUUUUGGUUUGGGUGGUGGUGGUGGUGGCUUUGGUUUUGGUGGCGGACUUGGUGGAUCCAAAAGUUCCUUGGGUUUUGGUGGCGGUGGACCUGGAGGUGGUGGCACCAUCCAAGAAGUAACCAUUAACCAAAGUCUCCUGGCACCGCUCAAUUUGGAAAUUGAUCCUUCCAUCCAAGAGGUGCGGAAAGAGGAGAAGGAGCAGAUCAAGACUCUGAACAACAAGUUUGCUUCUUUCAUUGACAAGGUCCGUUUUCUGGAGCAACAGAACAAGGUUCUGGAGACCAAGUGGACCCUCUUGCAGGAUCAAGGCUUGAAAUCUGGUGCCAACAGGAGCAACCUUGAUCCAUUCUUUGAGGCUUACAUUAAUAACCUAAGGAAACAGCUGGGCAGCCUAAUGAAUGAGAGGGGGCGGCUGGAUGGGGAGCUGAAGAGCAUGCAGGAUCUUGUUGAAGACUUCAAGAACAAAUACGAAGAGGAAAUCAACCGGCGCACAUCUGCCGAAAAUGAGUUUGUCAUGCUCAAGAAGGAUGUGGAUGCUGCCUACAUGAACAAGGUGGAGCUGGAGGCCAAGGUGGAUUCUCUGACCGAUGAGCUCAACUUCCUGAGAGCCCUCUAUGAAUCGGAGCUAGCUCAGUUGCAGGCCUCCAUGUCUGAUACUGCCGUCAUCCUCUCAAUGGAUAACAAUCGAGACUUGGACCUGAAUGGCAUUGUUUCUGAGGUGAAAGCACAAUAUGAAGACAUUGCCAACAGGAGCCGAGCUGAAGCAGAGGCAUGGUACCAAACUAAGUUUGAGGAGCUCCAAGCUAGUGCAGGGAAGCAUGGUGAUGAUCUGCGCAAUACUAAAGGAGAAAUUUCAGAGCUCAACCGGAUGAUUCAAAGGAUACGGUCAGAAAUUGAAAACGCCAGGAACCAGUGUGCAAAUCUGCAGACAGCUAUUGCGGAUUCUGAGGAGCGAGGUGAAUUAGCUCUCAAAGAUGCCAGAGCCAAACUCAUUGACUUGGAAGAUGCUCUACAGAAAGCUAAGGAAGAAAUGACCCGCCUGCUGCGGGAAUACCAGGAGCUCAUGAAUGUCAAACUGGCACUGGAUAUUGAAAUUGCCACCUACAGGAAGCUGCUGGAAGGGGAGGAGAACAGGCUAACUGGAGAAGGAGUCAAUCCUGUAAGCAUCUCUGUUGUCAGCUCCAGUGCAGGCGGCGGCGGCGGCGGAGGCGGCGGAUUUGGCGGACUUGGUCUUGGAGGCGGAGGCGGCGGAUUUGGUGGUCUUGGUUUUGGAGGAGGAGGAGGCGGCGGAUUUGGUGGUCUUGGCUUUGGAGGAGGAGGUGGCAUUGGAAGUGGAUUUGGCUUUGGUGGUGGAGGAGGCGGAGGCAGCAGCAGCGGGUUAACCUCAGGAGGGGGCAACUUCAGCUCUGGGAGUGGGAAAGGCACCGGGGGAGGAAGCAGCUCUGGUGUGAAAAUUAUAUCUAAAACUUCCACCAGUCAAAAGAGCAUCAAGAGCUAAAAGCUGAAGAAUCCCCAACAACCUGAGCAAGACAAGAAAACGAACACGUACAGUGGUA